CAAAAAAAGUCUGCGGGCUAUAGAGUGUUUUGUAUUCGUGCUCCAGUACUAUGGAAUGCCCUAUCAAUAACAGUUAGAGAUGCUACCUCAGUAGAAGCAUUUAAGUCCCAUCUUAAAACUUAUUUGUAUACACUAGCCUUUAAAUAAACCCCUUUAGUUGAUCUGCCGUUUCUCUUUUCUGUUGUGCCCCCCUCUCCUUCGUGGUGGAGAGGUUAUCAGGUGAUAACGGAUCAGCCUCCGCGGAUGAUGCACUAGCUGUUCCAAGUCGGGGCCCAGGAUGGACCACUUCUCUUUGCAUCAGUUGGUGACAUCUCUGUGCUUGUCUACAUACAAGAUGAUCCCCUGCUGGUCUCCCAAUGGACUGGACUUUCACAUGAAGUCAGGACCCGGGGUGACCUCUUCUAUGCAUCAGUCGGUGACGUCUCUGCGCCGCAACAUGUCUACAUGCAAGAUGAUCCCCUGCUCGCCCUACUAUGAACUGGACUCUCACAUUAUUAACUGUAACCACUUGGCAUCCAUUGCACUGGUCACCCAAGGGGGAAAUCCCCACAUCUGCGGUCCCUUCUAAGGUUUUUCGUUGUUCCCAUUGGGUUGUGGUUUUCUUGCCCUGAUGUGGGAUCAGAGCCAAUGAUGUCAUUUUGGCUUGUGCAGCCCUUUGAGACAUUUGUGAUUAAGGGCUAUAUAAGUAAACUUUGAUUGAUUGAUUGAUUCACAAAGGCAAAGUUGUGUCUUUAGGAAUCUUUUAUUGCCUCUUUUUUGUAAGUAAAUAUACACGGGUUAAAUUUGACCUGUAACACUAUAGAUGUUACUGUAGUUAAUAAUAUUAACAUUUAAACAGGAAUAUAAUUAAUUUAAAACAAUGUGUUCUUUUACCCAAUAUGCUUGAGUUAUUUAUAUGAUUUUUUUGAGAUUCAAUUUACAGUUUUUUUUUUUUUUUUUUUGUGGUUAAAUUCAGGGGUAUAUACUGACAAAAAAGCAUCAGAGACCUACACUAAAAUAUUUAAAUCAAUAUUUUCAAGGAUAAGCUAAUGUAACAAGGUAACCAAGAGAUGAGAAAAACAUUUGCAUGAUGGUAAAUUGUUAUUCGUGAAUUUUGCAGCUAACUUAAGACACAGGUCAAAACCGACCCGUUAACAUUAGAGAUGUGAACAGAAAGUUAACACAGGAGGAAGGUUAAGAGCAUGGGAAGUGUGAGUGUGAAAGCUGUGUGGAGGACUUUUUAAAGACUUAAAAUGCAUAUUAAUCAUAAAAUGGCACCCCUUCCUCUGGAACAUAACAAUGGCCACAAUAGUCAAGGGAACUUCAUUGAAAGUAAACUGAGGCUGGUCGUUUUGUUGACUUAAAUAAAUCCUUAACAUGCUGCAACACAUCAGAGAGAGAGAGAGAGCCCCUAAAGGGAUUUUUUUUUUUUAAUAAAAAGUUUCUCGAGGCCACGAGAUACAUGUCUAAAAAAAAAAUUCCCAUGUCCCUUUAGGGGCUCCGUAUCAGAGGAUGCAUUGUAAGAAAAGGAAAAAUGUGAUUGUAAACAGUGACGUUGGCUCUGUCUACAACUUUACAACACGUCCACAUGAAUGCUGCUUUAUUUUUGUAUGUGCAUACAAGGCUUUUUUUAUGAAACGAGUGAGUUGAGGUUGCAUAUUGUUUACAAUGCUGAGUGGACAAUACCUGCUGUGAUAGUUUCCAUUACGAUCUGGCAACCAGGCUGUGCCCCUCAGCACCCACUUCUUUGCCAUCUGUUCCCCCAAAUCGUCCACGGUUGCUCACAAUAAUAUAUCUCAUCAGGCACAAUUAAAUUGUUUGCGUCCGGUGGAGAAGCAAGCGCAAGAUCGGAUUCAUGACUGGUCAGGCUGCACUUGUCUGUGGAUUUAUUCGAGCAAAGUAAAGCUCUGCAAAGAGGGAGGAAGGCGUUUUUGGACAGUCUUUGUUUUUGACCUGCAGACAGUGAGUAUGUCAGCAAGACUAGUGUUUGGAAAGGCCCAUUUUACUCCCAAGCAAGUUUCCCUUGGUUUCUGCCAGCCUGAUCUAAGGAGAAGUUCAAAUUUAGGAGGGAAGAGGAGGAUGCUCUCUUUUUCUCUCAGAUGCCGACUGGGCAUCAUCCGAGGGAGGACAAAAGAUGAGGGACCAUACUCAAAGGGAAACAAGCAGUCCUCGGCACCUGACCAAUCACAUUUCUCACAGAGGCGCAGCCUUUCAGAAGAGUACAGAGGAGUGACCACAGUAGACCUGAUGAAAAGGGAAGGCAGCAACCUCGGCCUCACCAUCUCCGGAGGCUCCGAUAAGGACGGCAAGCCCAGAGUGUCAAACCUACGGCCAGGUGGGCUGGCUGCCAGGAGUGACCAGCUGAAUGUAGGAGACCACAUAAAGUCAGUGAACGGCAUCAACCUAUCUAAGCUUCGUCACGAUGAGAUUAUCAGCCUGCUGAAGAACAUCGGAGAGCGAGUUGUGCUGGAGGUGGAGUACGAGCUGCCUCCACUUGUCCAGACUCCAUCAGGGCUCACAACCAAAACCACAGAGGUGUGUUUGUUCAAAGAGGGGAACAGUUUUGGUUUUGUCAUGAGAGGGGGCUACCAUGAAGACUGGCGCAGGUCUCGUCCUCUGGUGGUGACCCAUGUCAGACCAGCAGGUCCAGCUGACAGGGAGGGCACGCUGAAGGCUGGCGACAGAGUAUUGAGCAUAGACGGUAUGCCUUUAAACAGAGAGAAGCAUGCUGACGCGUUGACCAUGCUGAUGCAGAGCGGCCAGGAAGCUUUGUUCCUGAUUGAGUAUGACAUCUCUGUCAUGGAGGCAGUGCAACAAGCCUCAGGUCCUCUGCUGGUGGAAAUAGUAAAAGGUGCCUCAUCCAGCCUGGGCCUCAGCCUCACUACAGCCAUGUACAGGAACAAACACGUCAUCAUUAUUGACAAAAUAAAGGCGGCCAGCGUGGCCGAAAGGUGUGGCGCGCUGAACGCAGGCGACGUUUUGCUGACCAUUGAUGGAACCAGCACAGAACACUGCUCUCUGAUAGAGGCCUUGCAGCUCCUGGGCAACACCACUGAUGUUGUAAAACUGGAAAUUCUACCAUCCAGUCAGAGCCGACUUCCUAUCCGUCCACAAGACACAGUAAAAGUGCAGAAGAGCAGCCACCAUCACUGGGACCAAAGCAGCAACUUCUGCCUGCCCCCACAUGCCAGCCAUGGUAAGACAUGGAGCAGCCCAGGCCACUCACACAACCAGCAGGACCACUGCAAAUCUCUGGUGAGUGGUGGCUUCUCCCCUUCCUCCACAGCCACGUCAGGCUUCAGCAGCCAGGGGAGCAGUACGCUGCCCUGCCCUAUGGCGCCCACCAGCCCGCGCAUUUCAACGGGCAGGAGGAGGAACAGAAAGAAGGACCACAAGAGCUCACUGUCGCUGGCAUCCAGCUCUGUGGGCCCAGGAGGUCAGAUUUUUCAUGUGGAAGUGAUCGAAGUCAUGCUGAGAGGGGAUACUCUCACAGGUUUUGGGAUCCAGCUGCAGGGGGGUGUCUUUGCCACAGAAACCCUCUCUGCUCCCCCCGUCAUCCGCUUUAUCGAGCCCGACAGCCCGGCUGAGAGGUGUGGAUUGCUGCAGGUAGGAGACAGACUCUUGUCCAUCAAUGGCAUCCCAACUGAAGAUGGCACUUUGGAGGAAGCCCACCAGCUCCUCAGAGACUCUGCUUUGACCAGUAAGGUCUCAGUAGAGAUUGAGUUUGAUGUUGCAGAGUCAGUGGUUCCCAGCAGUGGAACCUUCCAUGUCAAACUCCCCAAGCGAAGAGGAAUGGAGCUUGGCAUCACCAUAAGUGCAAGUAAGAAGCCAGGAAAGCCCCUCAUCAUCUCUGACAUCAGAAAAGGCAGCAUAGCACACAGGACAGGCACUCUAGAGCCUGGAGACCGGCUGCUGGCCAUCGACAGUGUGCGUCUUGAGAACUGCACCAUGGAGGACGCUAUGCACAUCCUGGAGCAGGCGGAGGACAUGGUCAAGCUCAGAAUCCAGAAAGACGAGGACAACAUUGAUGAGCUGGAGAUGUCCGGCUCUAUCAUCUACACAGUGGAGCUAAAGAGAUAUAACGGACCUCUGGGGAUCACAAUUUCUGGCACCGAGGAACCUUUUGACCCCAUCGUUAUUUCGGGUCUCACCAAGAAAGGUCUGGCAGAGAGGACCGGGGCCAUCCACAUAGGGGACCGCGUGCUGGCUAUCAACGGGGUCAGUCUAAAAGGCAAAACACUGAGCGAGGCCAUCCACCUCCUGCAGAUGGCCGGGGAGUCCGUCACGCUGAAGAUCAAGAAACAAGCCGACAGCCUGUUGGCUUCACCUCGUUCCCAUGAGUACGACGCCAGGCGGGUUCUGGACAGAGAAGCUGGCUUUUUGAAUGACCUUGACGAUGAACUGAUGGACUCACAUCGACUGGGUAAACACUCAGAGAUCUACUCUGCCACUGUGCCCAGCAUUGAUUCGGCGAUGAGCUCCUGGGAUGGCUCAGGAUGCGACGCUGGCUACAGUACCCAAGGAACAUAUCUUCAAAAAGAUAUGUUGCUGAAUCCCAAUGAAUGGAGGCGAACAAAGUACAGGAGCCCAGUGGGGUCCAGCACUGCAGGACUGAUGCACCAAUCAGGGCUCUAUGAUGGCAGACUGACUGAGGAGGACUGGGACAAGAUGCCUGGAUUCAUCAGCCCCCCUCAUUGCCAUGGCACCCUGAACCAGGAGGAUAGCUUCUGGUCCCAGGCUUUGCAGGACCUGGAGACCUGUGGCCAGUCAGAGAUCCUCAGGGAGCUUGAGGCGUCCAUGACAGGUAGUGCUUUUAGUCUGUACCUGGAGGAGACCAAGACCAACGACGACUCCAUGUUUCCAUCAGAAAUAAGUCCCAUUAAAUGUGAAGCCUCAAAGAAUAGGCGCAACCACAGCAUGUCCUCUGGAUCUGAAGACAUGACAUUCCGGUGCAGCAGAGGGUCCGAGGCUUUGUCUUCCGCUAGCCUGGCCCUGCACAAGGUGACAGUCAGAAAAGACUCUGAGAGCCACGACUUUGGCUUCAGCGUAUCUGACGGACUUCUAGAAAAAGGAGUUUUUGUCAACAUGAUCCGUCCCGACGGUCCAGCUGACAAGGCAGGCCUGAAGCCUUACGAUCGCAUUCUUCAGGUGAACAGAGUGCGCACCAGGGACCUGGACUGCUGUCUCACUGUGCCCCUGAUCAUGGAAGCAGGUGCCAGCCUGGAUCUGGUCAUUAGCAGGAAUUCCAUGGAAACAGGCGACACCGGGGGUCUGCUUAGCGACCGCAACGACCCUUCCAUCUCGCUGCUCUGCUUCUCCGAGCGCCGCACCAAAAGCAUCGCCCUGUGAGCGAGAUGGACGAGCUGGCGGCUCAACACGUCAUUGCACCUGCUAGACCUUCGCAGCAUCCUCAGAUACGGCGACUCUUAGCACUGGGAAACAUCUCUCACUUGCAACAUGGCCGGUGUUAAUCACCCUGUUCACAUGAUGCUGGUUUCAGGCCCCCUCACCACCUCCACUCCCUCUCCAAGGUUAUAUAAUGGAGGAGUCAUUGGUCCUGACUGGACACACACACACACACACACACACACACUGCACUAUUUCUUGCAUUGGCAUGUCAUUAAAGCAGUGCUGUCCCCACAAGGACACAAACAUCAUAUUUUACACACACAAAAGGUGUUAAGGGGUCUUUUAAAAGUUAUUUUCUUGGCCGACUGCCCAUGUUCCCACCACAGUGUCUCCGUGUAGAAUCCUCAGCGCUGCUGGCCAAGCGUCAUAAAAUGUUGCACCCUCCAGCUCAUAUGUAAUCUCAUGAAUACUUGCAAAGACAUGUCCUGUCUCUUUUCUGCUGGGCGUCCUUUCACUCCUUGAUUAGUUUUUUUUUUUUUUUUUUCCGCUUCACAGUACGUUUAAUAUCACAAUGUCACGUUUGGUUGUACAGUCAAGCGAUGCCUUUUCAUGUUCACUGAAUGACUUGUAUUUGCUCCUCUUACACUGUGGCUUUUUUCCUUGUUUUUGUUGGACCAGCACCAGAUCACAUGAUGUUGGGACAGCCUCAGAAAGUGACUAAUUAACUGCGAGUCUGUCGCCGUGUCGUGUUUACCUCUGUGGGUCGUUGGAGGUGCCACCCAAGUUCCAAAUCUCUCCCCUUUAAAGUGCAAAUGGUUUAUGUCCUGUUAUUGGCUGAUGUUGUGUACUAGCCUUAAAGACUAUUUUUUGGGGCAUGUCAACGUGUCUAAAAAGGCCUAUUUUUAAAGUUUUACAAUGAGUUGAGUUUUAUUUCCUCAUACAUGCAUGUACAGUGUUGAUGUGAGCUAUUACUAGCAGUAUAUUUGGGAUUUUAUUUCAUCUGAACAUUAUUUUUUAUACAUUAAAUGUAUUUUUUUUAUAAUAAAAAAUUAUCCCCACAGCUUUUUUUUUUGUUUCUGCUUCCGUAACAAUGUGUGUACUUUUUUCUUAUUUGCGCUCAGUGCAAAGGUCACCUACUCUGACUAAAGUAUGUCAACAUAUUGGACUUCAAAGCUGAUUUUUAUUUAUCUAAAAGUGUGUGUUUUUGGAAAAUCUAUUCAUUGAUUAAUUGUACCUGCACAGUAAAUAAUAAAAAUAAGCCUGUCCUAUUUUGGAUUUUCAC